UCUCUCUACUAUAAAUACCUGUAAUUCUCCGAUCAAUGGCUGCUCUCCUCCUCUCCGCCCUCCUCCUCGCUUCCGCCGCAGUGGCCUCAGCCUACCAGUUCGAGGUCGGAGACGAAACGGGAUGGAUAAAACCAACCGGAAAAGAGCGCCACUCCUACAACGACUGGGCCGCACAGAACAGAUUCCACAUUCACGACACACUUCAUUUCAAGUACGCCAAAGACUCGGUGAUGGAGGUGAGCUCCGCCGACUAUCUAACAUGCAACACGUCCAAUCCCAUCGCCAAGUUCGAACACGGCAGCACUGUCUACGAACUGAGCAGGCCGGGCUUUUUCUACUUCAUUAGCGGCCAGCCCGGCCACUGCAAGUUGGGCCAGAGGCUCAUCGUUCGCGUCAUGCAUCCCUUGCAGCCUGAUCUUCCGCCAGCUUCGGCUCCUACUGGUGGCGAUUCCGGGUGGCCGGAGUUUAGUUCGACUGCCAAGCUGUCUGUUGUUUCCUACUUUGUUGCUGCUUUUGUAGCCCUCGCUGUCACGUUUUGGCUCUUCCUCUAGGAAUUCAUGCGUUUGCUUAGCUUUGUUUCUUUGUCGAAUUCAAAAACUCAUUUCUGAUUUUGCCUAGGUUAUUUGGUAGAUUUAUGGUAGUUGUAAUGGACUAUUAUUGAUUUGUUUGCUCAC